UCAACAUGGCGGAUGAAGUGAAGCAAGCAAACAUUUCACCGUUUUCAGAACUGAAGAUAACAUCUCAUGAGGUCUUAAGAGGCGUUGAAAGAAGACCUUGCCCCAAGUGUCAAGCCUCGAGAAAGUAUUACUGUUACACAUGCUAUGUGAUAGUUGGACUUGAUAGAAGUCUGAUUCCAACGGUUCACCUUCCUGUAAAAGUUGACAUAAUAAAACAUCAAAAAGAGUUGGUAGGGAAAAGCACAGCCACUCAUGCCUGUAUAUUAGCUCCUGGGAAUGUGUCCAUCCAUAACUACCCAGAAGUUCCAGAUUUUCCAGAGAAUGAGAAGGUCAUAAUUGUUUUUCCAGCAGAGGAUGCUGUCACCCUGGAGAAGAUUAGAUUAAAACUCGACAAACAGACUGCAGACCCUUCAGAUGCUGGUGCCUUGCUACAUAGAGUUGUGUUCAUUGACAGCACAUGGCAGCAGAGUCAUGCGAUCAUAACAGACAAAAAGUUAAAAGGGCUGAAAAGAGUGAAACUUGAGAGUGCAGUAACACAUUUUUGGAGGCCUCAAAGGAAGCCAGAUACAUGCCUUGCUACCAUUGAAGCUAUUUAUUACUUUUUCAAGGAAUAUGAUCGACAUAUUUUAAAAAGGGAAUAUGAUGGGAGAUAUGACAAUUUAUUGUACUUCUUUGCCUUUCAAUACAACUUGAUACAGGAGCAGAGAAAAAACAGUAAAAAGAGAAAUAUGUCCGAAAAAGAAGAUGAGAUAAAAUAACAAUGCUGGAACCAAGAAUGAUAAUUAAAGUAAUUAAGCAGGCCAUACAGUGAAAUAUGGCCUGCCAAAUUGGCCAAUCAUAAUGUAUGUA